AUGGAGGAGAUGGAUGGAGCUGCAGGGAGGAGGCUCGGUUCCAACCCAACUCACCCUGAGGUGUGUGCGUCUGUGUUUGUGUGUGUGUGUGUGGGGGGGGGUGGGGUGGGGGGGGGGGGGGGGGGGGGGAGUGGAUAGGAGUGUAGGGGGGAUGGGGGUGGGUGGGGUGUAGGUGUAGUGGGAGGGGGGGGGUGUGGUGAGUGGGGGGUGUAGGUAGGUGGGGGUUGGGGGUGGGGUCGGUGGUAGGGGGUAGGGGGAUGGGUGUAGGGUGGAGUGGUAGGGGUGUAGGGGAGGAUGGGGGGUGGGUGGGUGGUAGGGUGUGGGGGUGGAGGUGGGGUGUGUUGUUGGGGUGCUCGGGGUGUGGUGGCGAUGGGUGGUGGGGGGUUGGUGGGUGGUGGGAGGUGGGGGGUGGGUUGGAGUGUGGGGUUGGGGUGUGGUGAGGGGGGAUGAUGGGGGGUGGGUGGUAGGUGGGUGAUAGGGGUGAGUGGGGGGUGAGGUGGUAGGUGGGUGGGUAGGGGAGGUUGGGGGGUCAGUUGGGGUGGAGUGAGGGGGUGUAGGGGGAGGAGUGGGGUGGUGAGGGUGGGUGUGGAGGGGUGGUGGCGGGGUGGGGGGUGAGGUGGGUGGGUGGUAGGGGGGGUGUGGGGGGAUGGGGGGGUGGGUGGAGGUGGGGUUGGGUGUAGGGGAGGAUGGGGGGUGGGAGGUGGAGUGGUAGGGGUGUGGGGAGGAUGGGGGGUGGGUGGAGGGUGGAGGGGUGUGGUGGGGGGUGGGGGGUGGGGGGGGUGGUAGGUUGGGGAGGAUGGGGGGGUGGUGGUGGUGGGUAGGGGUGUAGGGGAGGAUGGGGGGUGAGGUGGAGUGGUAGGGGUGUAGGGGAGGAUGGGGGGUGAGGUGGAGUGGUAGGGGUGUAGGGGAGGAUGGGGGGUGAGGUGGAGUGGUAGGGGUGUAGGGGAGGGGUGAAGGCCUCUGUGUGCACAUGCUUGUUAAGUGCCAGUGUUAUCUCAUAAUAUCAAAUCUCCUCUGGACUGGCCUCUCCAUGGCUGGGACUAAUUAGUGUGUGUGUGUAGACCUGGCUGUGGGUGUCUGGUCCUCUGUGUCUCUACUGCGCUGAGAGGCUGUAUCGCUACAUUCGGAGCAACUCCCCCGUCACCAUAGUUGCUGUCGUCAGGCAUCCCUGUGAUGUCAUCGAGCUGCGCAUGCUGAAGAAGGACUUUAAAGCCCACCCAGGACAAGUGAGUGACAGGUAGAGUUACUAUAGGAACCACACUGUGGCAUGGCUCUGGACUAAGUUAGCAGUAAGGUAACACUUACUCUGCCAUAUUAUUUACACCUCAACCAAAGUAGCAGAAAGGUAGUCAUUUCUGCAAUAUUACUUACCUGAGAUCUGUAGGAAGUCUCAAGUAUGGAGAUAGAUUUCAAUUUUUUAUUUUUUAAUAUAUAAGUAGUGAGUCACAAACAAAAUAAGUGUUGUGCAAAUAUAGAAUGCAACUUUUAAAUACAAAUCACAGUCUGUGAAUAUGCCCAUAUAGUUUCAAAUACAUAGAAAUCUAUCUCCAUAUUCAAGGGUUUGGGGCAAGGGAAUGGCUUGGAAUCUGGCAGUAGUCAUGAGUAGAACAACUGUAUAAAGUUUCAGAAUUGAUUUUUUUCUCUGUCUAUUUCUCCCUCCAUCUUUUCUCCCUCUCCCCCUUUCUUUCUCAGUACAUUGUACUAAACUGUCCCAGUGUGUCAUCAUUUGAAAAUCAUCCCUUCACUCUGACUGCGGUAAGUUGGUCCAGUUGGUUUUUCUCACAAAUCAAACAAGAAAUGUGCAGAUCGAAGUCUGUUGAACAGUUAAAGGAGGCUUCCUCACACACAGUGGUAUCAAUUCCCCAUGCUUUCUCUCCACAUACCUCAAACAUGACACACUACUCACAUCUAAAGGCACGUGCAACAACCUAACUUUUUACCCCCUGGUACACGUGAAGUUCUUUCUCUCUCUCUGAGGCCCCUCGGCUCCAGUUCUCUCAUUGAUGUGGAGGCAGGGGGGUUAGGGUUAGGGUUAGGGUUAGGCAGGUAGAUUGGCAGUUGACACUUCAAAUCCCUCACACAUCAUCUACAGUUCUUUAUCAAUUUGCCAGAAAUAACAUUCUUGUUCUGGAAUAAGAGACAAACCAAGGGGGCCUUACUUCAGGAACCUGAUCCCCUCCUUUUUAACAUUCACGCACGCACAGACAAGCGCGUGCAUGUACACACAUCAUAUACACAGACACACACACACACACACACAAGCACACACACACACACAAUGUACAUGCACACUGCUUUCCUGUUGGCAGACAAUGUUACUGCCCUCAGGGGUCUGUCUGCUCUUUGUCAGUGAUUCUGUACCCUGCUACAACCCCCCAUAAAACACCAGGCCGAGGCACGCUUUGUCUGUGUGUGUGUGUGUGUGUGUGUGUGUGUGAAUGUGAAUGACUCAUUGUCUGUGCUCUUGCUUGCAGUGUCCCACGGAGAAGAAAGAAACAUUAGGAAUACAUCUCAGAGUGGUGGGAGACUGGACUGGUGAGUGAACAACACAGCACAACACAGUGGAUCUCCCGCACAUCCUCCCUAAGCUCCAGGGACAGCCUGCACCAUCUCAGAAAUGACAGAAUUGCGGGGGAGAUUUGUUUUAUCCCCCUUCUAAUCCUUGCUUGGGAGAAUCCAUUUCCGAAGGCUUCCGUAGGCUGAGGGCUAACAUGGCUCCAGCAGUGUUAGUGCAGGGUUCUGACAGUGUUAGUGCAGGGUUCUCAGGGCUAACAUGGCUCCAGCAGUGUUCGUGCAGGGUUCUGACAGUGUUAGUGCAGGGUUCUGAGGGCUAACAUGGUUCCAGCAGUGUUAGGGCAGGGUUCUGAAGGCUAACAUGGCUCCAGCAGUGUUAGUGCAGGGUUCUGAGGGCUAAAAUGGCUCCAGCAGUGUUAGUGCAGGGUUCUGAGGGCUAAAAUGGCUCCAGCAGUGUUAGUGCAGGGUUCUGAGGGCUAAAAUGGCUCCAGCAGUGUUAGUGCAGGGUUCUGAGGGCUAACAUGGUUCCAGCAGUGUUAGGGCAGGGUUCUGAGGGCUAACGUGGUUCCAGCAGUGUUAGUGGAGGGUUCUGAGGGCUAACAUGGCCCCAGCAAUGUUAGUGCAGGGUUCUGAGGGCUAACAUGGUUCCAGCAGUGUUAGGGCAGGGUUCUGAGGGCUAACAUGGUUCCAGCAGUGUUAGGGCAGGGUUCUGAGGGCUAACAUGGUUCCAGCAGUGUUAGUGCAGGGUUCUGAGGGCUAACAUGGUUCCAGCAGUGUUAUGGCAUGGUUAGGAAACCCCCUGUUCUCUGUAGCGGCGGCUGCUUUUCUCUUCUCUCUCUGUUAUAGACUAGUCAGCACAGCAACAGGUGGUGAUAUUUCAACUGAAAAGUUUACUUUUAUUAAGUCCACACAAACACAUAGUAAAGCGGUGAUGUGCAGAGGACCUGAAUAUCUUUAUUGGUUUAACAGAUGCCUCUCACAAUCAAGGAAACAAAAAAGGCUGUUUUCAUGAUGUUAUGCUGUAGGGAUGCAUCAAAUAACGCCUAUUAAGCCUAAGAAGACAAACCGAACCACAACCCCAAACAAGCUACAGUACAGCCAGUCCUACCACAACCCCAAACAAGCUACAGGACAGCCAGUCCUACCACAACCCCAAACAAGCUACAGGACAGCCAGUCCUACCACAACCCCAAACAAGCUACAGGACAGCCAGUCCUACCACAACCCCAAACAAGCUACAGUACAGCCAGUCCUACCACAACCCCAAACAAGCUACAGGACAGCCAGUCCUACCACAACCCCAAACAAGCUACAGUACAGCCAGUCCUACCACAACCCCAAACAAGCUACAGGACAGCCAGUCCUACCACAACCCCAAACAAGCUACAGGACAGCCAGUCCUACCACAACCCCAAACAAGCUACAGUACAGCCAGUCCUACCACAACCCCAAACAAGCUACAGGACAGCCAGUCCUACCACAACCCCAAACAAGCUACAGGACAGCCAGUCCUACCACAACCCCAAACAAGCUACAGGACAGCCAGUCCUACCACAACCCCAAACAAGCUACAGUACAGCCAGUCCUACCACAACCCCAAACAAGCUACAGGACAGCCAGUCCUACCACAACCCCAAACAAGCUACAGGACAGCCAGUCCUACCACAACCCCAAACAAGCUACAGGACAGCCAGUCCUACCACAACCCCAAACAAGCUACAGUACAGCCAGUCCUACCACAACCCCAAACAAGCUACAGGACAGCCAGUCCUACCACAACCCCAAACAAGCUACAGGACAGCCAGUCCUACCACAACCCCAAACAAGCUACAGGACAGCCAGUCCUACCACAACCCCAAACAAGCUACAGUACAGCCAGUCCUACCAUAACCCCAAACAAGCUACAGGACAGCCAGUCCUACCACAACCCCAAACAAGCUACAGUACAGCCAGUCCUACCACAACCCCAAACAAGCUACAGGACAGCCAGUCCUACCACCACCCCAAACAAGCUACAGGACAGCCAGUCCUACCACAACCCCAAACAAGCUACAGUACAGCCAGUCCUACCACAACCCCAAACAAGCUACAGGACAGCCAGUCCUACCACAUCCCCAAACAAGCUACAGUACAGCCAGUCCUACCACGACCCCAAACAAGCUACAGGACAGCCAGUCCUACCACAACCCCAAACAAGCUACAGUACAGCCAGUCCUACCACAACCCCAAACAAGCUACAGGACAGCCAGUCCUACCACGACCCCAAACAAGCUACAGGACAGCCAGUCCUACCACAACCCCAAACAAGCUACAGUACAGCCAGUCCUACCACAACCCCAAACAAGCUACAGUACAGCCAGUCCUACCACAACCCCAAACAAGCUACAGGACAGCCAGUCCUACCACAACCCCAAACAAGCUACAGUACAGCCAGUCCUACCACAACCCCAAACAAGCUACAGGACAGCCAGUCCUACCACAACCCCAAACAAGCUACAGUACAGCCAGUCCUACCACAACCCCAAACAAGCUACAGGACAGCCAGUCCUACCACAACCCCAAACAAGCUACAGUACAGCCAGUCCUACCACAACCCCAAACAAGCUACAGUACAGCCAGUCCUACCACAACCCCAAACAAGCUACAGUACAGCCAGUCAAUGUGCUGUUUCUUCUCUCCUCUUGUCUCUCUGUUCUCCCCCUCUCAUCUCAUGCCUUGUCCUGUCUGUUCUCCUUUAUUUUCUUCACUCUCCUCCUCCAUCUGUUUUCUUUUUGUCUCAUCCCUCUCUCCUCUCUUAUUCAGAACGUUUUACGGAGUUGUUGCUUCCUGAGCCGGGAGCCGAGUCAGAGAUCCUACCCAUGGUGCAACAGAGGAGAUACCCAAAGUAGGUUUGACCCUGUGAGUGUGCGUGAGUGCGUACACUCUUAGAAAAAAAAGGUGCUAUCUAGAACCUAAAAGGGUUCUUCGGCUGUCUCCAUAGGAGAACCCGUUGCAGAACCCUUUUUGGUUCCAUGUAGAACUCUUUUGGUUCCAGUUAUAAUCAUUUUGGGGCCUAUGUCGAACCCUUUCCACAGAGGGUCCUACAUGGAACCCAAAAGGAUUCUACCUGGAACCAAACAUAGUUAUCCUAUGGGGACAGCUGAAGAACCCUUAUGGAACACUUUUUUCUAAGAGUGUACAGUCGUGGUCAAAAGUUUUGAGAAUGACACAAGUAUUGGUCUUCACAAAGUUUGCUGAUUCAGUGUUUUUAGAUAUUUUUGUCAGAUGUUACUAUGGUAUACUGAAGUAUAAUUACAAGCAUUCCAUAAGUGUCAAAGGCUUUUAUUGACAAUUACAUUACGUUUAUGCAGAGAGUCAAUAUUUGCAGUGUUGACCCUUCUUUUUCAAGACCUCUGCAAUCCGCCCUGGGAUGCUGUUAAUUAACUUCUGGGCCACAUCCUGACUGAUGGCAGCCCAUUCUUGCAUAAUCAAUGCUUGGAGUUUGUCAGAAUUUGUGGGUUUUUGUUUGUCCACCCGCCUCUUGAGGAUUGACCACACGUUCUCAAUGGGAUUAAGGUCUGGGGAGUUUCCUGGCCAUGGACCCAAAAUGUUGAUGUUUUGUUCCCCGAGCCACUUAGUUAUCACUUUUGCCUUACGACAAGGUGCUCCAUCAUGCUGGAAAAGGCAUUGUUCGUCACCAAACUGUUCUUGGAUGGUUGGGAGAAGUUGCUCUCGGAGGAUGUGUUGGUACCAUUCUUUAUUCAUGGCUGUGUUCUUAGGCAAAAUUGUGAGUGAGCCCACUCCCUUGGCUGAGAAGCAACCCCACACAUGAAUGGUCUCAGGAUGCUUUACUGUUGUCAUGACACAGGACUGAUGGUAGCGCUCACCUUGUCUUCUCCGGACAAGCUUUUUUCCGGAUGCCCCAAACAAUCGGAAAGGGGAUUCAUCAGAGAAAAUGACUCAGCAGUCCAAUCCCUGUACCUUUUGCAGAAUAUCAGUCUGUCCCUGAUGUUUUUCCUGGAGAGAAGUGGCUUCCUCGCUGCCCUUCUUGACACCAGGCCAUCCUCCAAAAGUCUUCGCCUCACUGUGCGUGCAGAUGCACUCACACCUGCCUGCUGCCAUUCCUGAGCAAGUUCUGCACUGGCGGUGCCCCGAUCCCGCAGCUGAAUCAACUUUAGGAGACGGCCCUGGCGCUUGCUGGUCUUUCUUGGGUGCCCUGAAGCCUUCUUCACAACAAUUGAACCUCUCUCCUUGAAGUUCUUGAUGAUCCAAUAUAUGGUUGAUUUAGGUGCAAUCUUACUAGCAGCAAUAUCCUUGCCUGUGAAGCCCUUUUUGUGCAAAGCAAUGAUGACGGCACGUGUUUCCUUGCAGGUAACCAUGGUUAACAGAGAAAGAACAAUGAUUUCAAGCACCACCCUCCUUUUAAAGCUUCCAGUCUGUUAUUCUAACUCAAUCAGCAUGACAGAGUGAUCUCCAGCCUUGUCCUCAUCAACACUCUCACCUGUGUUAACGAGAGAAUCAUUGACAUGAUGGCAGCUGGUCCUUUUGUGGCAGGGCUGAAAUGCAGUGGAAAUGUUCUUUUGGGGAUUAAGUUCAUUUUCAUGGCAAAGAGGGACUUUGCAAUUAAUUGCAAUUCAUCUGAUCACUCUUCAUAACAUUCUGGAGUAUAUGCAAAUUGCCAUCAUAAAAACUGAGGCAACAGACUUUGUGAAAAUUAAUAUUUGUGUCAUUCUCAAAACUUUUGACCACGACUGUAGGUGUGUGUGUGUGGUAGUAGUAGUAGUAUAGUUUGCUAGUAGGACUUGGUCAGUCAGUGUGAACUCAGGGGGCGUCAGCUUUGAGAGAGAGAGAGAGGUCACAAUUCAGAGGGUCAGAGGGGGAUGGGGAUAGAGGGACUCAAUCUAGGAACACACAGUCACACACACACACACACACACACACACACACACACACACACACACACACACACACACACACACACACACACACACACACACACACACACCACUGUAUCUAUUUGUCUUUGUCUGUCUGUGGGUAGUUGUCUCUUACCUCAGUGAUACAGCUGACAUGAUUUCCCAUGACGGCUCAGAAUCACACAGAGGGCAAAGGUUAUGACCCUCUGACCCCUGCCCUCACACCCUUCCUGGUGUAUGUUUGUGUGCGUCUGUCAGUGUGUGUGUGUGUGUGUGUGUGAGGCUCAUUGAUUCUUUGUCUGUGGACUGUGCUGGCUCCGGGGAUCUGAGCUUGUGAUAGCAAACAACCUGGUCGAGAUUGUCAUGGUCACAGGUGUGUGUGUGUAUGUUUGUGUAUGUGUAUGUGUGUGUGUGUAUUUGUGUAUGUGCGCGUGUGUUUUGCAGUUGCACCAGCUGGGAAUCACAUUGUCUUCAUUCUUGUUAGGUGUUGACACAGUGAACUCUCCAAGGACUGAGUCCUAACUUGAGAAACUCAAACUGUCAUGUCUAAUUCAGAAAAGACCAUAAGAUAAACUCUCACAUUCUGCUCAGAACAAUUUGUGGUUUGUCAUUGUGCAGACUGUGUGUGGUGUGUGACUGUAUGUGUGUGUCGGUGUGAGUGACUGUGUGUGACUGUGUGUGUGUUCCGGUGUAGGGUGAAGUGUUUAUGCAGCUGGUUCAGAGAUGAAGGAGGGGAAAUGUGUGUUCCUGUUCUCUAGAGAUGAAGGAGGGGGAAAUGUGUGUUCCUGUUCUCUAGAGAUGAAGGAGGGGAAAAUGUGUUCCUGCUCUCUAGACUGUUCUCUUGUUCUCCUCCUGUUUUUCUUUCUAUCUUCUCACUCUUCCUCCCAUCUCCCUCCUCUCUCUCAUCUCCCAUCUCAAUUUCUCUCUCUCUCUCUCUCCUCUCUCUCUCCUCUCUCUCUCUCUCUCUCUCUCCUCUCUCUCCUCUCUCCCAUCUCCCUCCUCUUUCCCAUCUCAAUUUCUCUCUCUCGCUCUCUCUAUCUCUGCUGUAGGGAUAGGGGGUGUUUAUCAGCUCUGAGAAUCCCCCCUCCAUUAUAUUUAUUUGUUUUAUGGGUUAUCAUCCUGAUCUCUCCUUCUCUCUGGCUGUGGGACUGACAUGCAGGAUGUUGCCUGUUUCUCCUUCUCUCUGGCUGUGGGACUGACAUGCAGGAUGUUGCCUGUUUCUCCUUCUCUCUGGCCGUGGGACUGACAUGCAGGAUGUUGCCUGUUUCUCCUUCUCUCUGGCUGUGGGACUGACAUGCAGGAUGUUGCCUGUUUCUCCUUCUCUCUGGCUGUGGGACUGACAUGCAGGAUGUUGCCUGUUUCUCCUUCUCUCUGGCCGUGGGACUGACAUGCAGGAUGUUGCCUGUUUCUCCUUCUCUCUGGCUGUGGGACUGACAUGCAGGAUGUUGCCUGUUUCUCCUUCUCUCUGGCUGUGGGACUGACAUGCAGGAUGUUGCCCGUUUCUCCUUCUCUCUGGCCGUGGGACUGACAUGCAGGAUGUUGCCUGUUUCUCCUUCUCUCUGGCAGUGGGACUGACAUGCAGGAUGUUGCCUGUUUCUCCUUCUCUCUGGCUGUGGGACUGACAUGCAGGAUGUUGCCUGUUUCUCCUUCUCUCUGGCUGUGGGACUGACAUGCAGGAUGUUGCCUGUUUCUCCUUCUCUCUGGCUGUGGGACUGACAUGCAGGAUGUUGCCUGUUUCUCCUUCUCUCUGGCUGUGGGACUGACAUGCAGGAUGUUGCCUGUUUGUUUAUGUUUGCCUGACCUCAAAGGAAGUCAUUGGCAGCCCUAGUGUGUGUUUGUAGUGUGUGUUUGUGUGUAUACAGUAUGUGUGUGUGUGUCCUAGUUUACGAUUCAUUCACUAUAAAUGAGGUCCUGAGAGUGUAGACCACCACAAUGAUUUAGGUGAACAUACAAAAGCCACUUGUCUUAAUGUCUAAAGUAGUGUGUUUGUGUGAGUGUGAGUGGGUGUGUAAUUUGUCACUGUCUCACUAUUGUUGUCCUUCCCACUAUGUGUGUAGGCUGUACGUGGAUGGUCCGUUCGGCAGUCCGUCACAGGAGGUGUUUAACUACGAAGUCAGUCUGUGUGUGGCGGGUGGGAUCGGAGUCACGCCAUUCGCCUGCAUUCUGCACGCCCUGCUGUGAGUGGCUGUCUGACAAGAGAUGGUUGGUUGUUGGUUUACCAUUGGUGUGAAUGUUUUGACAUGGGCUUAAUGCCCAAAUUCUCACACUGUACUUUAUGUGUGUGUGUGUGUGUGUGUGUGUGUGUGUGUGUGUGUAUGUGUGUGUGUGGUCUGUCUCAGGGAUGGCUGGAGGCAUUUCCGUCUGAGGAGGCUAUACUUUGUGUGGGUGUGCAGGGAGCUGCAGUCCUUCUACUGGUUCGCUGAGCUGCUGUGUGCCUUACAUCACAAGGUCAGCCUGGGGACUAGGGGUCAAAAGUCUGGGUUAAAUAUAAGGCCAGAGGUCAGGGCUAAACAUCAGGGAUGGAGUAACCUAAUGUAGCAGGCGUAAAAGAAACGCCUGAGACUAGAUCCCCUACAUACUGAUGUUGACAAGAAGAAGAAAAAAAAACUGUCGGCAGAGGUUCUCUUCUGCACGGUUCAACCAAUCCUGUAAAUGUGGAGGAGGAGUUAACGUCCAAAAGCGGAAGUCGCUUCACAAACUCUCUUUCCAUUUCCCCUGAUAACCGGAACAUCCGGUUGUUGGGGACUCGGCAGAGGCUGGGGUAGAGAGGUUGUAUGGCACCUCCUGCCCUGAGGCCCGAGGCUGGGGUCCAUCUUUUAUCUUUCUCCUCUUAGUGUACUGUUUAAAAACCUGCUGGUGCUCUCCCAGAGCAGGGGCAGAGCGCCCUCUAUAGGCCUGUAGUGGAGGGGCUGAUAUCUGGGGUUAUAGCACCAUCUAGUGACUGUAGUGGAGGGGCUGAUAUCUGGGGUUAUAUCACCAUCUAGUGACUGUAGUGGAGGGGCUGAUAUCUGGGGUUAUAUCACCAUCUAGUGACUGUAGUGGAGGGGCUGAUAUCUGGGGUUAUAUCACCAUCUAGUGACUGUAGUGGAGGGGCUGAUAUCUGGGGUUAUAUCACCAUCUAGUGACUGUAGUGAAGGGGCUGAAAUCUGCCGUUAUAUCACUGUCUAGGGACUCAGUGUCUCUGUUGAUGUAUAGUGGGGCCCGAAAUUAUUGACACCCUUGAUAAAGAUGAGCAAUAAUGACUGGGUCACACUUUUUUUGGAUAGUCUGGAUUUGUAUCAAGCUUAAAACAUCAAAUAAGAAACGAAAUUUGCCCAAGCCUCAACAGUAAGCAAAACUUGAUAUCCACCAAGGUGAAUUACCUGAUAAUAGUUUAAUAAUUACUAGAUAAUAGUGACUAUUCAAGUUUUGAGCGGUAAAUGGAGCCGAUUUAGCACAUACUUGACUUAAAUUAUAUGAUACAACUCAUUUAUUUGGUUACUAUCAACAAACUAUCUGUUGAUAAUCAACUGCUUGCUAAGGUUACGGUUAGGUUUAGAAUAAGGGUUAGGGUUAAGUUUAGGGUUAGGAUAAGGGUUAAGGUUAAGGUUAGGGUUAGGAUAAGGGUUAAUGUUAGGGUUAGGAUAAGGAUUAAGGUUAGGGUUAGGGUUAGGGUUAGGAUAAGGGUUAAGGUUAGUGUUAGGGUUAGGAUAAGGGUUAAGGUUAGGUUUAGGGUUAGGAUAAGGGUUAGGAUAAGGAUUAAGGUUAGGGUUAGGAUAAGGGUUAGGGUUAGGGUUAGGAUAAGGAUUAAGGUUAGGGUUAGGAUAAGGGUUAAGGUUAGUGUUAGAGCUAGGGUUAGGGUUAGGGUUAGGGUUAAGUUUAGGGUUAGGAUAAGGAUAAGGGUUAGGGUUAGGGUUAGGAUAAGGGUUAAGGUUAGCGUUAGAGCUAGGGUUAGGGUUAGGGUUAGGGUUAAGUUUAGGGUUAGGGUUAGGGUUAGUAGAUAGGUAGUUGAAAUGCUACUGUAGAUAGUCUGUAGAGCAUCUAGAGAUGGACUAUCCAGAUAAAGUGUUACUGAGCUAUGUUGUAUGCUAAACAAAUUGGGAAAUUAUAUUAUUUUGUACUAAUACAAUUGCUCAGAGAAAGUAAUAUUUUUUUUUUCAAAAAGGUAAGGGUAAAAAUGAUUGACAUCCCUAAAGAUUCUUAUAAAUAAAGUAGUCAAAUGUUGACUAUUUUGUACUACAUUAAUCAUACAUCGACAUUAAUGUGGAUGCUACCAUGAUUAUGGAUAAUCCUGAAUUAAUUGUUAAUAAUGAUGAGUGAGAAGUUUCAGAGGGUCAAAGUCAAAGAUCAUAACCCCAAGACAUGCCAACCUCUCACCAUUACCAAUAACAGGGGGGGUUAACAUGUCUUGGGGAUAUGAUCUUUGACCCUCUGUAACUUUCUCAAUCAUCAUUAUUCACUAUUCAUUCAGGAUUAUACAUAAUCGUGGUAGCAUCCACAUUAAUGUAGAAGUGUUUAGAAACAUAUUCUAUUCUUAUUUACAAUAAAAGUGACUCCAACAUGACACUAGAUUAUUUACCAUUAAUUUCUAUUGGGCACAAAAAUAAUCUGAAACACAACCUAAACGAACUGUAAAUGCAUCCAACAAGUUUGUAGAGUCAGAAGCAUUAUGUAGUCAUUGCGUGCUAUGAAUAUGGGACCAAAUACUAAACUUUUGACUACUUUAUUUAUACAAAUCUUUAGGGGUGUGAAUAAUUUAGACCCCUACCUUUUUUGAGGAAAAAAAUGUUUACUUGCUAAACUAAAUCUCUUUCUCUGUCUCUUUUUUUUAGUUGCAUACAAUAUAGCUCAGUAUUUGAAUUAAUUAUUUUAUACAGUUAUUAUUUCUCAUCUUUAUCAAGGGUGUCAAUAAUUUUCGGACUCCACUGGAUCUGCCUAUCAGGCAUGUUCAUAUAACCUCCCCUCUCUCUCAUUCUCUCUCUCUCUCUCUCACCCUCUCUCUCGCUCUCUUUCUCAUUCCAUCUCUCUCUCCCCCUCUCUCUCCGUCUCUCUCUCUCUCUCUCUCUCUAGCUGUGGCAGGAAAAUAGACCUGACUAUCUGAACCUGCAGCUCUUCGUCAGCCAGGCAGAUGGACUUCAGGUGAGACUCAAAGACAACGUCAGUCAAUCAGUCUGUCAAUCAAUCAGUCAGUCAGUCAAUCAGUUAGUCUUCACUCACUCCAUCCAGUCAGCCAGCCAGCCAGCCAGCCAGCCAGUAGAGGGUAGGGUACACCACAGAUUGGUGAAGAGAAAAUGAUAGAGAGCUAGGAGAUGGCUAGAGAGAGUGAAGCAUGUUAACUUUCACUGUAAAAUAAUCACUGUUUUUUUUUUUAGCAGUUAACAAUAGUUCACUGCUACCUUCAGUGUGUAUGGAGGUGGAAUGUAUUCUUUCAAUCUUUUUAUUUCUCCUUUCUACAGCACUGCCGGAGAACACUCUCUUUUAAAUCUCUCCCUCUCUUUAACUGUGUUCCUUUCACUCUUUCUUUCCCUUACUGCCAUUCUCUCUGGCGGAGCUGAAAGGAUUGUACAAAGAGAUACUCAGUACUUUCACAGAGUCUUUCAGAAGGCGUUUUAUUACUGCAGUCCUUUCACAGAGUCUUUCAGAAGGCGUGUUAUUACUGCAGUACUUUCACAGAGUCUUUCAGAAGGCGUUUUAUUACUGCAGUCCUUUCACAGAGUCUUUCAGAAGGCGUGUUAUUACUGCAGUCCUUUCACAGAGUCUUUCAGAAGGCGUUUUAUUACUGCAGUCCUUUCACAGAGUCUUUCAGAAGGCGUUUUAUUACUGCAGUCCUUUCACAGAGUCUUUCAGAAGGCGUGUUAUUACUGCAGUACUUUCACAGAGUCUUUCAGAAGGCGUUUUAUUACUGCAGUCCUUUCACAGAGUCUUUCAGAAGGCGUUUUAUUACUGCAGUCCUUUCACAGAGUCUUUCAGAAGGCGUUUUAUUACUGCAGUCCUUUUUAAUUUCACUCUGCCUCCAGCUAGCAGACACGGUGAUCUUGUUCAGGGCUCACGGUUCAGAGGCAUACAAGAAGUGGACUUUUAAUAUCACAGCCAUUUAAUAUCAUACAAACCAGUUCAUGUUGCACAGUUGAUGCUAUUUUCCAUGUAAGACUCAGGCCUGUACUCAUAGAGUAGGUAAAAGUUUCCCCUAACCCCUGAUGCAGGGUCAGAUAUGUUUUCAUCCACCUAAAACCCCUUGGUUUGGGGCUAGGGUAAUCUGAUUCUAGAUCUGGGGAUAGGGUAAUUUGAUCCUAGAUCUGAGGCUAGGGUAAUUUGAUCCUAGAUCUGAGGCUAGGGUAAUUUGAUCCUCGAUUUUGGGGCUAGGGUAAACUGAUCCUCGAUUUUAGGGCUAGUGUAAUCUGAUCUAGGGUAAUCUGAUCCUAGAUCUGGGGCUAGGGUAAUCUAAUCCCAGAUCUGAGGCUAGGGUAAUCUGAUCCUAGAUUUUGGGGCUAGGGUCAACUGAUCCUAGAUUUUGGGGCUAGGGCAAUCUGAUCCUAGAUUUUGGGGCUAGGGUAAUCUGAUCCUAGAUUUUUGGGCUAGGGUAAUCUGAUCCUAGAUUCUGGGGCUAGGGUAAUUUGAUCCUAGAUCUGUGGUAAAGCGUAACUUCUACCUGGAUCUCUAAUAACACUAGCUCAUUAUAAUUGUUUUGUGUUCUGUUUCCUGUCCAGAACAUCUCUGAGGAGAGGUACCGCCCCCUGAGUUCCCGGCUGCUGAUUGGCCGACCGAGGUGGAAGUUGCUCUUUGAGGAGAUAGGGAAGACCAAUAAGCAGUGAGUAAAAUGUUUGGAGCGUUUAAAGACAUCUUCUGAUUGGAUCAUUUUAGGAUAUUGUGGUCAUGUUGUAUCUGUAUUGUGUGUGCUCUCCUCAGUAAGCGGGUGGGGGUGUUCUGCUGUGGGCCUAAAGGCAUCUCCAAGACUCUGCACAGACUGUGUAACUCAGACCGCUACUCAGGAACCACGUUUGAGUUCAACAAAGAGUCCUUCAGCUGA